AGAACCUUCCCCAGCCAGUGCCGGCGUCGCCGCGCGUCGGGACAAGAUGGCGGCGGCCUACCGAUGGCUGGGCCUGGUCUUGGCGCUGUGUGCCUUGGCGGCCGCUGCCUCCACAGCCGAAGAGCCAAAGGAAAAGUCCCCUGAGCAGGUGAAGAUGGAGAAGAAGAAGAAAAAGGACAUUCGGGACUACAACGACGCCGACAUGGCGCGGCUGCUGGAGCAGUGGGAGAAAGAUGAUGAUAUAGAAGAAGGAGAUCUUCCUGAGCACAAGCGUCCAGCCGCACCAAUAGACUUCUCCCAACUUGACCCAGGCAAGCCUGAGAGUAUCUUGAAGAUGACCAAGAAAGGGAAGACUCUUAUGAUGUUUGUCACUGUGUCAGGAGAACCUACUGAAAAAGAGACAGAGCAAAUUACUAAUCUGUGGCAGGGAAGUCUUUUCAAUGCCAACUAUGAUGUACAAAGGUUUAUCGUCGGUUCAAAUCGUGCCAUCUUUAUGCUGCGGGACGGAGGCUAUGCGUGGGAGAUCAAAGACUUUCUGAUAAAACAGGAGAGGUGUGCGGACGUAACGCUGGAAGGUCAGGUAUACCCUGGUAAAGGAGCCAAGGAAAGCGAAAAAGGGAAAAAUGAGACAAAGCCCGAAAAAUCCAAAAAGAAAAAAGAUACUGAAAAGAAAUAUGGACCCCUCAAAGACGACAACCGUGCAACCAAACCGAAAGAAGAGCUCUGAGUUAAUUUGACUGUAGAGGAGGAUUGGUGGGAAGUUUAGAAAGGAGAAAAUAGGGUGUCCUUUCUGGGUUUCAAUUCAAGGGACCAGUUUACUUAUUAAUGAGAGGCAUUUGUUCAGUAACAGCAACGUUAAUGCUUAACAUCAGUGGAUUGCUUCUUUUAGAUCUGGAGUUGAUAUAUUGUGCCUUGACUACUUUCAAGCAGUUGUUUUUUUCAAACAGUUGUCUGUUUAAAGUUUAAAACGAGCACCUGUGUGUUUGCCUUCAGUAUUAUGGACAUUCCUCAAAAGGAUGAGAGGGGAAGAGCUGUUGGAUUUCUGCUGCCAGGUGAAUGUUUCAUUAGUGAUAAGAAACAAGACUUAACUCCUCGGAGUUUCUACCUUUGCAAUAUUGUCAUUGAUGAAAAUAAACGAUACCCCUUAUUGAAAGUGGCAACCUCAGAAUUUCAGCUGUAGUGCCAAAGCAGAUUCUGGAAAGCACAGGUUUGACGCAUGCAAUUAGUGUUUUUAUGUAGGUUGGUUUCACUGCUGGUGGUCAAAUGCCCAGCUGAAGUGGGAAGAAACUUGUCUGUUGAAUUAACAGAUUUAGGGUGUCCAUAGGCUAAGGGUGAGCCAGUUAAUUUACUCUAAACUUCCUCAACCUGGUGCCCACCAGAUGUUUUGGGCCACGACUCUUCGCAUUCUGACCAUUGGGUCAGCUAACUGUGGCUGUUGGAAAUGGUAGUUUAGAACAUCGGGGAAUAGGCUGAGCCAUGUGAUAAAAGGCUGAGCCAAUCCAGUAAGAGGAAUGUAACAAGAAUAGCAAAUGUAUCAAGAUGCAGUUAAGCCUGACACUAAUUGAAGAGCUUAAUUCCAAAGGGGGGGGGGGCUUAAGUCAAUUUUGACCAGUAUUCCAUUUGGAAGAAAAUUAUUUCUGACUGCAGUACAGUGGUACCUUGGCUGACGAACGGCCAAGCCGUUCAAGUACAAAGGUACCACUGUACAGCCUUUUUGAAUGCCAACACGAUUUUCAAGGCUUGGCAACAGUUACUUAGGCCCAAAUUUUAUACAAGUUCUUCCCCCGCCCCGCCCCUUAUUUGUAGCACUCAUGGCAAACAUCUACAGGCCAAAAUUGGUUUUUUUUUAAUUAAGCCCCUUUUGGAAUUAAGCUGUUCAAUUGCAAAUGGGCUCAAGGCAUUCCAGAACUGAAGUGACUAUAAACUGGGGGCUUACUCUGUUUAAACACAGAGGCUGUGCUGGUUUCCUUCUUAAUGUUAAUUUGAAAGAAUGCUGCCUUGGUGUAUAAGUUUAUUUCAGAUUUGUGGACACUGCAGCAGAUUAGAUCAUUCCACGUUUGAACUUUUUGAAUAUAGUUUGUAUUUUUCUGGUGCCAAAAAUACUUCCAAUACUUAGGGUGCCCUAAUUUGUUCAUUCAUAUAUAAAGUUUAUAGAUAAUUGGGAAAACAUUGCUGUCACCAUGAACACUCCCUCCGGAAUGUCAAUAAAUUUGUACCUUUUUCAGAACAAAUUGCUGUUUGACACGUGGAGUCCUGUGUUUGGACACAGCUGUCUUGUGAUGUCUGUAUCUGCUCAGAGUGGCCACUAGAUGGCACCAUUACAUGCCAAAUUCAGAUGUUGAGAAGCCUUCAGUGGCUUCGAUCCUCUUGAUUCUUGGACCAUUUAUAUAUGAAUACCAUUGAUAAAUGCUCUCUCUUGGCCGAAUUCAAGGUUUUGAAGGAGAUGAGAGGUUAAGUGUUAAUGAAUAGCUGAGUACUGUACUGUGUUUGUCCUGAGACUUCUGUUUAAACCCCCCCCCCCGGGUUUUAUUUUCAUUUUUACUUGAUUUUUAGGGAUUUUGCUUUGAAAGGGCUCUCCUGCGUUCCAUUCUGCUGUUACAAAAGAACAGGGAAAUGUUGAGAAAUAGAAUCACAUAGGUGGAAGGGACCACAAGGGUCAUCUAGUCCAACCCCCUGCAAUUCAGGAAUCUUUUGCCCAGUGUGGGUCUCAAACCCAUGACCCUGAGAUUAAGAGUCUCAUGCUCUACCAACUGAGCUGAAUGUAGAUGCAUUUUUUUGUUGUUCAGAGGCGCUUAAAUCUCGCAUGCAAGAUGUGCUUUUUAAAAAGAUGCCAGUUUUUGAAAAUGCUGCCUGCCAAAUUUGUCUGGUGUGUGCCUGAUGAAAAGCUGGCUGGUCACCUGUAGUAAGUAAAAAUUUCUUCCAGGUGACUAGGUGGUAGCUUUUUUUUAGGACACAAACAAAAGGCAUUAGUAUAUGUGGCAGCUUAGCAGGCUACAAAAUGCCCCGCAGGACAGUUUUGAAAAUGCAGGGUUAGAAACAACCAAAUUCACAUACUUUAUAUCCCUCUGAUUUUAGUGGAGGGGGAACACACUUGUGUUGGAGUCACUGGGGCUUGAAGAUCACCAAUCUUCCCUGGCUGCCUUUGGCUGGGAAGCGUUUGAACUGAGAGGCAGUUGCUUUUGUGUGUGCCUCUUUCAAACCAUCAGUGUGUCCAAAAUUAGAUGUGGGCAUUCAGGCUAGCAAUUCUUGAUGACUUUUUUUUUUUUUUGCAAGGCUUAAUCGUUAGCUGUAUCAUGCCUUGCUCUUCUGGUUCUGAAAAGGUCGUGUGACUGCUCUGCACACAACUCCCAACUGCAAUUGUGGCAAUUGGUUUUUAUGCAGAUUGCAGUUCCUUGAAGCUAGCAUCCCGAUUCUCCGGUUUGAAAGUUCUAGACGAGUGGAUCUGCAAGAUGCAUUAUUCAGGAUAGAUUUUGUCAGUUUCUUUGAUUAUUUAAGGGCAAUCAAGUAUGUUUUAAUCUGUUGGACUUUUUCUAAUUAUGGGGCCCAUAACCCCAACAUCAUCUUUGCAUGUGCAGACUCCCCAAUUCAAGUGGAGGGAGGCAGGGGGAAAGAGAGCGGAGUUAACACAACCAAGAAGACAUCUGCCUGAAACUUUAGAGACCCAUUAGUAGUUGGAAUAGAGAAAACUAUUACUUUGACCAACUAGUCGCCUGAGUUGGUAUCAGGCAGCUUUCAUACACAGGUAAGUAGAUGAGCAGCCAGAACGAAACUAUUUUUCUCAGCUUGAUCAAUGCCAUUGUUGUGAAACCUACAGCCAUUUCAAGGACAAAGCAUCCUUUGACAGAGAAUCUGAUUAUCUCUUCGGUUGGCGUUUGGCCAGUGACAUCCAGUCUAGUCAGCACUGCGGCGAAGGGACAGAGGUAAUUCUGUUCUUUGUAGCAGAUUUGGUGAGUGACAGGUGGGACGUAAGGCAACUCAUUCAAGUGAUGGUGAAGUUGUAGGAACAGGAAAAACAAAUGAGUACCAUAAAUAAAUCAGAACAGUUUCUGUACAUAGAACACUAUUAAUGUAGGAGUUUACAUAAAUACAGGAAAAUGUACCUUUUUUCUAAUUACCGGUAGCUGCUAUGUAUCUCCCGAAUGCUUUUGUAAAUCCCAUGUCUCUCUACAGUGGCCCUACGUCAUGUGGCAAACAUGUUUUGAAUCUGAACAUUUAGAAGAAGCUGGAUGUGGCAUGACAGAAGUCUGCUGUUAAAAGUAAAACAAAAAUUCCACGGGAGGCAUACAAGCUCUAGAGUGAGCUUGAAGUAGUCCUAGAACCCAGCUAGAAAAUAAUUUGUAACGUGUUUGAAGUGAACACCAUCUUGUGGUUUUUUGAGCACAUGAUACACUUGGUAUUUAGCUGCGUGGAAAUGAAUCCAAGGCGCAGGCUUAUAAUAAUGAAACUUUAAUAAAGUUUUAAGGCAAUAAGGGCUUAAAUGGCAUGAAGUUAGAGAGAUCAAGAAUAACUACAAGCUUCCUACCCUACCUGGGUUAUGAUGGUUGCCUUCCCAGGAACCGCCUCUAUCCAUGGGCUGCAAAUCUAAACAUGCUUACUAGGAGACGGACGCCACUAAACACAGUGGAACUUCCUUCUGAGUAAACAUCAUAGGAUUGCAAUGUUAGUUGCAGAAAAUAAGCCGCCUCCAGAUUUUAUUAAAGCUUUUUCGUAGUACAAUGAUAAAAGAAACUUAAAAACAAAAAGAGAAAGAAGAGAAAAAUGCAGUCUCCUCUCUCUCAAAGUCGUCUCUUAACCUUUGUCUCACACAGAAAGUGGUGGACCCUGCCAGGUCUCGCUUGGGAGCUUUCUUCUCAGUUUCUCACUCUGGAAAGUCUUCCUUUCCCUGCCUCUCACACAGGGUUCUUCCACCAGCUCCGUGUGCGUGUAAUCCUUGGACCCAAAUAAUGGCCCAGAACAGAGGACACCAAAUAAAAAGAGAGAGAGAGAAGGAAGGAUGGAAGAAGGGAAGGGAGAAGGAAAAAAAAGGACUUCCAACUUUCUGAUGGUCAGUUACAUAAAGGAAAUUAUUCAAAAUGUUCACUCUAGGGUGACAGCCAACUAAUAAUAAUAAUAAUUUAUUGAUACCCCGCCCCCCCAGCCAAGGCCGAGCUCAGAGCGGCUAACACCAAAUAUAAAACAACUAGUUAAAAUACAAUUCAGCAACAAGACUUAAUACAUUAAAAUUAAAAAUGCAGCCUCAUACAAAAGGGAAAAAGAAAGGGAAAAUGGGGGAGGGGAUCAGGUUGCCUUCAGGCCAAAUGCCAGGUGGAACAACUCUGUCUUACAGGCCCUGCGGAAAGAAAUUAGGUCCCGCAGGGCCCUGGUCUCAGGAGACAGCAUUCCACCAGGUCGGGGCCAGUGUUGAGAAGGCCCUGGUUCUAGUUGAGGCUAAUCUGAUUUCCUUCGGGCCCAGGACCUCUAAGGUAUUACUAUUUAUGGACCUUAAGGUCCUCCACGGGGCAUACCGGGAGAAAUGGUCCUGUAAGUACGAGGGUCCUAGGCCGUAAAGGGCUUUAAAGGUCAAAGCCAGCACCUUAAAUCUGACCCUGUACUCCACCGGGAGCCAGUGCAGCUGGAAAUGCACUGGGCAAAUAUGCUCCCAUGGCAGGGACCUCGUGAGGAGCCUCGCUGCAGCAUUCUGCACCUGCUGGAGUUUCGGGACAGCUUCAAGGGCAGCCCCGCGUAGAGCGAAUUACAGUAGUCCAGCCUGGAGGUGUUGCAUGGAUCACUGUGGCCAGGUCGGGGUGGGAAAGGUAAGGGACCAACUGCUGUUCCACUUUCCCCAAUCUUCAGAUCCAAAUGUCUCAAAUAAGCCCCCUCAAAGGGGGGGGGGAGAGGCAAUAUUGAGUUCUUACUAGGUUUAUGUAGAUACAGAAGGAAUCAGAAAUUAGCUGCAUUAUUAAAGUAUCACCAGCUAGCUUGACUAUUGGAGGUGUUAAAAACCCUUGGAAGUGGCCUGUUUUAAUAAGCUGUGUCCAUGUGUGCCAUUCUCUUCAUGUAUGCAAGUCUGUCAGGUGGAUCCCAUGAGAGCUUUUCUUUGCUCAAGCAAAAUUCCUCUUGCCUUAUGAGUGCCUGGAGCUUUGGCGGGAUGUUUCUGCAGCUGCCACUUGCAUCUUUGAGAGAUCAUGUGUUCAUCUUUCAUGCUUACCUUUGCCUUUGGGUUUCCCAAGUCUCUGCUUGCCAUUUAAUUAAUUUCCUUGCAUUUGCAGCAGCGGAAAUUCUGUCUGGAGUUAAAUCUUUUAAGUCUAUGAGAGGUAGGUGGUGGAUAUGCUGUGUUAUCGGUAGCAAACCACUAGGGGGUGGUCGCGCAUAAGGAAAUGAGGCAGUAAAUUUCUGCUGUUGGAAGUCAAAAUCUGAUUGUAUUUGCUUGCUUUGCCUUCCAGAAUGGCCACCUAGCAGGUUUUCAAGUACCUUGGCCAGGUUUUCAUUUUUUUGAUUUCUUAAGACCGUGAGAUUUGUGCACUUCAUCUCUGUUCUAAACUUAAAAGAUCAAUGGUGAUUUUAAAUGUGUGAUUAGAUUUGUACAAAGGAGCAAUGACUGAGUCAAACCCCCAGCCAGGGCAGUCACCAACUCCAAAGAGACUGAUCUACUCACAUUAUAAAAAUACUGGCUGUUAUCUACCCAUUAUUAUUGACAGGCAAAGUUGUUGAGCUUAUUUUAGGGGAGCCAAAGCUUUGGGGGGGGGGGUCACUAAGCGUCUCACGAUCUGCCACAGAUGUACCUGUUGGGCAUGCCUGAGAUGGAGCAACAGUUUGGACAGGUUUUCUGCCCUUAGUAUUUCAGUCACUUGGGACCAAACUGCAGGAUUGUUUACAUUUCUGGUCUAUAGGGCAACAUUGGUGAAUAUGCACCAAUUUGUUGUAAGGAACCAAUCACCCUUCCCUUUGUCUGAAUUUGGUGCUUUCAGGAUAUAUACUUCACUAUCCAGACAUGGAAAAACCAGGGGUGGCUUACAACACCUCUGUGCGUGGGAAUCUUGUGACUUUGAACAACAUAAAAUAAUUCAAAUGGUACAGGUUAGGGAUGGGCGAAUCUGACGACUUCAGUUUCUCUGUUUUUAUUUUUAGUAUUCUUUCCCUUUUUCCACGUUUCCAUAUCAGUUUGAGGUUGCCUAGUACAUGUUUUGUUUUGUUUUUUGCAAAGCAAUUUCCCCUAAUACAAUGCAUUUUUGUAUGUUAGUGAAAAUAUGCAAAAGAAAAUGCACACUUUAUCUCACUGUGUACAUUUUUGUACACGUUACGUGGCUAGAGAACUGUAUUGCAAAACUUGGAAGUGUGAAUUUUAAUGGAUGGUUAUCUCGUUAUGGAAAGUGAAUAUUGUUUGAGUUCACUUUUUAUUUAAGCGAGCUUGGCAGCUUCUGUGCAUGGAAGGGGUUGUGCUUUAGUUUGUGCUGUUCCUCAAGUGGAAAAGUACCUUGGGCUGGUCCUGCUCAUUUAAGAGGGACAGAAUUAACAUGAUCAAAAUCAAUUUUUUUAGCCUGUGAUGAUGGAGCCUUCUGCCCGAGAAGCUGGAGAGCUGCCGGCAGAGUAGACAAGAAUUGGCCAGGUAACAUGGUACCUAAACAAGGAGCCAUGGUCUUCAUUGCAAAUGUCAGGACAGUUUCUCCUCGCUCUGUCUGGACUUCUCCAUUCUGGAGAGGAUAGGGAGCUUAACAAUGGAUAAGUCAAGGCUCUGGAUCUGAAGGGUUAAUAAGGGCCUACAUGGCUAUGCCGCAGAGGGUUGUGGCAGUAAAGGGAAAUAGUAUCAUCAUGGGAUUACUGAUGCUACGCACCUUUGGGAUAGAGUCUGAGUGACAUGACACCAUCCUUAGACUGACAAUGUGCAUUAUGCUGGCAGGUUUAGAUCAGUUCUUUGUGGGUGAUGAUGGUCUGUGCUAUCAGUUCAUUGUGAUAAAAUAAUCCAACACAAGUAAACGGCACACACGCACAUAAGAGUUGCAUUGAAAUUUUAUUCCAAUAAAUGUGUAUUCCAAACAACUAAAUGUUAAUUAAGUUGUAAGCGAAAACAUUUGGAAGUAACAUUCCAAGAGUUUUUGUCCUUAUACAAACAGGCUGCCAAGGGAAGUACCACAUUCUGGAGCCCUUUGAAGUUUUCAAGUGCAAAGCAGAUUAGCUGAAGAAACAUUUCCAUGACCUUACCCUAUUGUACAAAACAAUUCCCGUAACAGCAUUUAUCUCUUCAGCUUUAAUCUUCUUUGUGCCUUUUGCAAUAAAUUAAUAGAAAAUUAAAUCUUUUUCAGCAGGAGCUUUAAUAAAAUAUACAAAACACUAUACAUCUAGUUCCGAAAAAGGACCAGCUAUUUCGGGUAGAAUACUUGGAGUGACAAACACACACAUAACACACAACCCUCCCUAAGACUCUUGGAAAAAGCAGUAUUUCUACAAUGCAACCUUUGAAAAGCAAUAUUACAGAUUGCGAAUGGAGACCAUUCAAACUUCAAUCAGUCACUCAAUUAAAAAAGAGCACACAUUGAAGGCAGUUUGUUGAUGACCCAUAAAUAUUUUCUCUUCCCUUUUUUAAAAAAAAUUUUUAAAAGGGAAAACUUUCUGGGUGACAGCCUCACUUCUGAAGCAGUUAGAUAUUGGCAGGUGAGGGGACAUACUUUGAUGUGCUUUUAUUAAUAAAAAAGUAGCUGGUAGCAGGAAGCCCAGGCACAUUUUUUUCUUUGAGAAACUGAUAACAUUUGUCCUUCAUAAGCUGAUCCUUGGCCACAGUGAUUUGGUCCUUUGUCACAAGAGACUCUUUGUGAAGAUCAAGCAACCUCUGCAAUAGCCUGAACAACUGCAGCAUUCAGGUAUUCAGUGGAUCGCUGAUGCACAGGCAGAAAUAGGAUAUCAGUCUGUGCUUAUGAAAUGUGCUGCCAGCACACCAGAAAGUUUGUGAGGAGAUCAACAAAGCAUUUUCAGUUAUUGCCGUUGUGUCUGAUACUGACUUCUGCUUACAUUUUCAUAUAUACAUAGCCAGGAGCUCAACUUAGAAGUGCAUGUUUUUUUUCCUGAGUAGAUGUCUGAAAGUUGAGACUGGAAAGUUGAGACCGGAGGAGGAACACUUUGUACAUUUCUACUGAUUCAAAACCUGAGACUCCUACAGACAGACACGAAGGAGACCAUUGCAGUACACCAAGGCAACAUGAUGUGAAAUCAAACCUUUCUUAUCACAAAUACACUUGUGAGAGGAACACACCUAUUACUAACUGUAUCCUGGACUGCCUACGGAAUGUUGGUUGUCUGAUGUGGCCAUUUAACCCAUUCACAAUAAGGUUUCUUCUAUGUACAUCAUCAAAAUAUACUACAUCUUGAGCACGCCAUGUGCCUCAAUGCAUUUUCCAUUGAGGGUGUGCUAAUGAGCAGGAACACACAAUGCAGGUCACUUUCUCACAGUUUCAUUUUCUUUACCACUGGAACUGGCAGAGCUUGGAAAAUCCUCACUGCUUCGUCAUCCGUCUUCAGCGUAACCCAGAAGGGCCGGAAGCUGCCCUUAUAUCCAACAAAACCCAUUUUAUCUGAACGAAAGGAAAAAGGAUAGUUGAGAACCUCCAAAUGACUGCUUUGGAACCAGCAAGAAGGGAGCAACCAUGGACAUAAUUUUAAGUGGUGCCAAGAACCUGGUGUAUGAUAUAAGUGUUCUUGUACCGAUUGGGAACCGUGAUCAUGGUGUUAUCAUACAACAUGUCUGUAAGUGGACAGCUGUCCAAGGAAGUCCAACAUAGCCACCUUUGACUUCAAAAGGGGAGGCUUCUCAAAAAUGAAGGUACUUGUUAAAAAAAAAGGGAAGUUGAAUGAUAAAGUCAGGGGGUCACUUCUCUCCAGAAUGUUUGGAGGAUGCUUAAAACCACAAUAAUGGAAGCUCUGCUAGAAUGUAUAAUGCAGAUCAGUAAAGAGGUAUUCUCCCUAAAAUUCUUUUGCUUGUUGAGGUACUGUUCUCUCCCCAUGAAUUCCCUAAGCAUUCGCAUCUUGAAACUCAAUGGAGAUCCACCAGCUCAGUUCUGCUGAGCCUGAAAUCUGAAGUGGUACAACACUUCUUCUAGCCCACUGUCCUUUGGUCCCCAGCUGUUGGACUACAGCUCCCAUCAUCCCCAGCCAGCAGUCAAGGAUGAUCAUCUGGGGGCCAAAGAUUGAAGAACACAGUAAACUGAAACACUUUUGAACAUCCCUAUUAAUUCUUGGAAAUGCAAGUAUAACAAAGGUUCUUUUAUAAAAUAGCUAUUUACCUUUCAAUUUAAAGCCCCUCUGUGCUCCAAGUUUCUCCAGGACGGUAGUCCAUGGACCUCUUGAAACGAACCUUCCUUUAGAUGUCAUCACCACUAUAGAACUACAGGAGACAAAGGCAUCCAUAAACCAUCUACUCAUCCAUUGAGUGAUUUAAUUUGGUAAAAGCUACUAGCUGUGCAACUCUGGGGUGCUGGUCCCUGUAUCAAUCCAUUCAUAUCUCGUCAGGCAUGCAUAAUUUAUUCUGAAGAUUAGCAAACACGUCCAAUGAGGCCACCUUACGUCUGUUAUCAGAAAAGGUUGGUAUGUAUAAUGUUUGCAGGAGCAAUGAGAAAAUUGUGGGAUAUGUCAGUCAAAUCCAACAUUAUAAGAGAGGACUAACUGCCUCUAUGUGACAGUCAGUUGGUCUGCUGUUGAUAGGAGUGUUAAGUAGUAAAUGCUCUGAUGGAGUCUUCUUAGGACUCACUAAUAUAUAGUACAAGGGUCAGCAAACUUUUUCAGCAGGGGGCCGGUCCACUGUCCCUCAGACCUUGUGGUGGGCUGGACUAUAUUUUGGAUAAAAAUAUGAAUGAAUUCCUAUGCCCCACAAAUAACCCAGAGAUGCAUUUUAAAUGAAAGGACACAUUCUACUCAUGUAAAAACAUCCGCAGGCCGGAUUUAGAAGGCGAUUGGGCCACAUCCGGCCCCCGGGCCUUAGUUUGAGUACCCCUAAUCUAGUAUAUAGUUUAUAUGUUAUGUAACCUAAGUAUGUGCUCAAUACUCAAGCUACAGUAAAGGAGUUUAUGUUAUUAACAUUCAGAUUCAUGUGUAUUUUUCCUUAAGAGGGACAAAAGGGAUUAUCAACCAAGAAGGCAGGAAGGUAGAAGGCAUAAUUAUUAAAAGGUCUCAAACAAGUUAGCAAUCCACUUGCUGCUGUGUAAACUCAAACAAGGAAUCAUUUAACUGCUAUAUUAUAUAAAUGUUCCUACAUUAAUCACACGGCUGCUAUGCAUAUGGCUUGUUAGGCUACAUCUACAAAAACUGGGUUUUCUGGCUGUUCCAUACAUAACUUAGCACAAGAAUGUGCCAGAACACAGACUUAUUUAACCC